AUGGCAACGGGAAAGGUAACCCAAGUCAUCGGCACUGUGGUGGACGUCGAGUUCCCCGCAGAGGGCAUGCCGGCAAUCUACAACGCGCUGGAGACCAGCAUAGCCGGCGAAAGGCUUGUGCUCGAGGUUGAGCAGCACAUCGGCAACAACUGGGUUCGCUGCCUCGCGCUCGGCGCGACCGAAGGCCUUGUGCGCGGCGUUGACGCAGUUGACACAGGCAACGCCGUCUCUGUUCCUGUGGGCGACCCCACACUUGGCAGGCUCUUCAACGCGCUCGGCGAGACGCUCGACGGCCUCGAAGAAGUCGAGUCCGACGACAUUUGGCCCAUCCAUCGCAAGCCUCCUACUUUCGAUGACCAGGCGACUCAGGUCGAGAUUCUGGAAACCGGCAUCAAGGUGAUGGACCUGAUAACCCCCUUCACCAAGGGCGGCAAGGUCGGCGCUUACGGCGGCGCGGGUGUUGGCAAGACGGUUAUCAUUCAGGAGCUUAUCCGCAACAUCAGCGAGGAGCACGAAGGCGUGUCCGUCUUCGCAGGCGUGGGCGAGCGCUCGCGCGAGGGCAACGACCUCUGGCGCGAGAUGCAGGAGUCCGGCGUGCUCGCCAACACAGUGCUCGUGUUCGGACGUCUCCUCUUCGUUGACAACAUCUAUCGCUACAUUCUCGCGGGCAUGGAAGUCUCCGCGCUGCUGGGCAGAAUGCCCUCCGCAGUGGGAUACCAGCCGACGCUCGGAACCGAGAUGGGCGACCUCGAAGAGCGCAUCACAUCAUCCCUCAACGGCUCGAUUACAUCCUUCCAGGCAAUCUACGUGCCCGCGGACGACUACACCGACCCCGGCAUCGUAACAACCUUCGGACACCUCGACGCGGUCGUAGCGCUUGAGCGUUCCCUGGCGUCGCAGGGCCUGUAUCCCGCCGUCGACCCGCUGACAUCGUUCUCCCGCAUCCUUGAGCCUGGCGUUGUCGGUCAGGAGCACUACGAUGUGGCGCGCGGCGUGCAGCAGGUACUCCAGCGCUAUACGGACUUGCAGGACAUCAUCGCAAUUCUGGGUAUUGAGGAGCUUUCCGACGAAGACCGCCAGAUUGUGGCUAGGGCGCGCAAGAUACAGCGCUUCCUCACGCAGCCCUUUUUCGUUGCGGAAGUGUUCACCGGCUCGCCGGGCCGCUUUGUGCCAAUACGCGAGACGGUGCGCGGCUUCAGGGAGAUUCUCGACGGCCAGCACGACGAACUGCCGGAGCAGGCAUUCUACAUGGUCGGCACAAUCGACGAAGCCGUCGAGCGCGCCGAGCAGAUGGCAGCAGAUGGGAGUGAUGUCUCCCAUCUCUGGGAGUGGCUGAAAAUGGCUGCAAUGCGACUUGAAAUAGUAACCGCCGAGCGGAUGGUAUAUUCCGAGGAUGUCGAUAUGCUCGUCGCCCCCGGAAUCGACGGGCAGCUUGGCAUCCUGCCCAACCACGCUCCGCUGCUGACCGCGUUGCAGCCGGGCGAGAUUCGCGUUGACAAAAAUGGCGAGGAAAAUUACAUGGCGGUCAGCGGUGGCUUCCUUGAAGUCCUUGCGAACAGGGUUACGAUACUCGCGGACACCGCUGAGCGCGCCGAAGAGAUCGACAUAGAGCGCGCCGAGGCGGCAGUGCGCCGCGCUGAAGAGCGCAUCGUCAGCGGCACCUCCGACAUGGACUUGCAGCGCGCCGUGAUGACGCUCAGACGCUCGCAAGCGCGAGUGCUGGCAGCGAGACGCCGCCGACCACGUCGCGGCGAUGGGGCCGCGCCACCGCAGCAGUCAUCAUAG